AUGAGCAAUAUGUUACACGAAGGAAAAAGCCAACAGGCGCUGCAGAAACAUGUGGAACAACCUAUACACAUUUUAAACAACACAGAGGUAUCGGACAAAGACAAAAAAUUAAACGCCUUAAGAAUAAUAUAUGAGAAACUAUCAGAAUUUUUUACCAUUUGCAAAGAAGAAGAAAAGGAAAAUUUUUGCCUUUUUUUUCGCAACUAUCUGUUGUGUCAGUUGCAUAAAUGGAUUAACGAUGAAUUCGAUGAGUGCAGAAAUUUUACUAUGGACAUUUAUUUUCUUAUUGAAAAAAAUCUCGAUGAUACAUUGCUAGAUUGCGUGCUAUUUAAAAAUAUCAGCAGGGAUGAUAAUUUUCUUCAUAUCUGUACGAACAGAUUAAAGGAAGAUACAAAUAAAAAAAUUAUAGAAGAUAAAGAAGAAGUCAGAUUAAAAAUUGUGCAGUUUUUUAGCAUUAUUGUUCAUAGAUUUAGGAACAAAUGCGCUGACUCUGCUCCACAUGUGCUGGACAUUAACCCCUAUCUUGAAGAUAUUUUAACGGCUUUAUCAGUUUUAAUCAGAGACCCCUUUCCCCUCAUAAAAAAAAACAGCUGCCAGUUGCUAUGUGAACUAUCAUUUGAGAACAAUCCGAAGGAUUUUAAUCACUUAUACAAGAGUCUGUUGAAAGGUUUGUUGACCACGUUAACCGUAAGACAGAAUGACAUUCGCGAGCUUGCUCUGAAAUGCCUGAAAAAGCUGCUAUGCCUUGGAAGCAACAGAGAUUACCUUGAUGACCUAGCAGAAUCUUUAAAAAAUUUGUGUAGGAAAAAAUCGAGCAACGUUUUGCUCCAAGUGGUGGAUUGCAUUGAAGUGUGGAAUUUACAGAUUAACGAUUUAAGCAACUCCGAAAGGGCUAAACUAGUGUUUAUUGUCCUUUUGUGCGCAAAUGCAAAUAUAUCACCCUCCUUCAACGAGCGAUGUUACACUGCACUGAAAGGGAUAGCCUCUUCGUUAGAGGGAUUAGCGAGUGGGCUAAGUGAGAAGCGUAUAUGCAAAGAGAGUCUUUUCCCAAAUGGCACAUAUUCUGAAACGGAAAAAUCGAAUUUGCAUCGAAAUGAGAAAAAUGUUGAUGAGGGACAGACCUUUGGGCAGAAGGAACACUGCUGUGUACAUGCGGGGGAAGCACCACGUGCAUAUUUUUUCUCCAGGAUGAACAACCUUUUUUACACACCCUCCCCGUUUAACGUUCUGUGCAGCGAUAUUCCUGCCCUCUUUGGGGAUAUAAAAAAGGAACUAUUCUAUGAAAUUAUGAAUAAUGAACGAAAUUCGUGGAAUGAAGGGAAAGACGAUUUCGCCAGCAUUUUAACCACGUUUCUGCUGUGCACCUACUGCGACACGGUUCAUUUUGUUAGGCCCAUCUUGUCCUUUGUGUACAGAUCGCUGGUCUUGUUUAAAUACGUCGACUGUCCGACAACGCCCUUGUUGGUGAGUGGUAUAUCUGCGGAAGAAGUCUCAUCGGAGGAUGCCACGCUGAAGAACGCGGCUUCGCAAUACGGCUACGAGUACGAUUCCUUUUUGUACCUCACAAAAUUUGUCUGCCUAAUUAUUACGUGCGGGUAUUUAAUGCCCUUGAGUGUGACGCUCGAAGAGGGGGCCCAACUCCUACUAGGCGAUUGCAACGUUCGCAAUGUUGCGGAGAGCUUUUACAAACUAAGUAACGUAUCUUCAAGUGGCGUACAACAUGGAGAUGGAAGUGCGAGAAAAAACUCCACCUCCUGUUUAACCAACACAAAUGGUCGAGCUUGCACAGAAUAUAUUUUCUCAAACACGAAUUAUCACAAGUACCAACGGAAGGCAUACGAAAGGUUGUGUGAGCACAGGAAGAGCGACAUUCUUUUGGAGGAGCACGCUGAUGGAAGUGGUCAGCUGGACCAGCACUUGGAAAAGAGAGACACGGAUGAUAACAUGGGGGAAAAGCCCAAGGGAGGGGAACCGCAAGAAGUGGUGGAGAGGGACUUGGUGUAUGGAUCAGCGAACGAAUCACAGAAGGACUCUGCGAAGGGUUCGAUGGAGGAAUCGGUGCACUACCCCGUGGACAGUGCCCCCAUAAUUUGCGAAAACAAAAAAAUCGUGCUCAUGAUGCUGUCCCAGUUGCUAGGCGGUUAUUACCUGCGGAACCAAUUAGCAGAAAUUAAACUGGACGAAGAAGACAUAAAUUUCAUUUUAUUUCUAAUAAGCGAAAAUGCAAAAUACGAAAAUGUAGAUGCGUUUCCCUACAUGCUAAUGAUUCUGAAGUAUUUGCUAAACAUUAUCGGGCAGGACUGCAAAAAGUACAGCAAAAUUUUGUUCCAUUUUUUUAUCGUUUUACAAUCAGAUACUCAGUUCUGCCCGCAAUCAGAAGUGGAAAAAUUAAUUGAACAAAUUGAGCAUUAUCACCAUGGAGUGAAAACAAAAAGUGAUUUUUACAACGAUGAGUAUGUCCAUUUUGUGCAGAACGUCAGCACAAUGAUAAAUAUAAACGACUUUAACAAUUUCAAAUGUAAUAUUGAAUUUUUAAAUGUACUUUUGUGUAACAUAAGUAAAGAAGUAAUGAUGGAACAGUCGAACCAUUUGAUGAAUUUCUUCCACACAAUUAUGAAUCAAGAAUUAAGGCCAUUCAUGAAAUCAGAAUUUUUAUUAUUCUUAAAUUUGUUUUGUUCCAAAAAUAUUUUCCCCCAUUUUUUACAAAAAAAUUCGCAACAAAUAUUGAAGAAUAUUUUGUUACCCUUAUGCACAUGGAAGAGUGGCCUAAACGAGGCGCAGACACGAAAGGGUGCUUUACAUUGUAUAAGAACAUUAUUCGUAAAAAAUGACCUCCACAAAUAUGUAAUUGAAAAUAAUGUCCUCAUUGAAAAUUUGGUAUGUGUGUUGAAAUCUUCCAGUGAUGAUACGUGGAAUGCUGAAAACAGAGAAAUAGCCAUUGCCAUAUAUGCACAAAUUGCAAGGCGCAUAAGUAAUAAUAAUAUUUUACUGGACUUGUUAAACAUUUUGAUAAAGCUAAUGGAGGACUCGAGUGAUACAAUUCGUAAGCUGUCUGCAAAUGGAUUGUAUUCACUUUUUCUGAAUGAAUCUUUAAUUUUAUCUGAUGAAGUUUGUGAAGAUGUUUUUCCCACCCUACUACUCCAUAUGGAUGAUGAUUCACCAGGCGUCAGUGAAAUGCUUUACCGUACCUUAUUCCUUGCCAAAAAGUUUAACCAGACGAUUUUCGUGAAGCACGCGAAAAAUUCGUGCGAGUAUACCGCACAUGCGAAAUUGUACAAGGAAGAGCUACUGAAAUGA